UCCCCCUGGCGGGGACGGGACGCGCCGCCCGCUCCUCACGCCGCCAUUUGACAUCGGUCGGGGCCGGUCCGGGUUCACCCCCGGCGCGGCCGGAGCCCCGGGCAUGAAAAUGAGCUGCACGAUUGAGAAGGCGCUGGCGGACGCGAAGGCGCUGGUGGAGCGGCUGCGGGAGCACGACAGCGCGGCCGAGGCGCUCAUCGAACAGACCACGGCGCUCAACAAGCGGGUGGAAGCCAUGAAGCAGUACCAGGAAGAAAUCCAAGAACUCAAUGAAGUAGCAAGACAUCGCCCUCGGUCUACUCUAGUGAUGGGCAUCCAGCAGGAAAACAGACAGAUUAGAGAAUUGCAACAGGAAAACAAAGAACUGCGCACAUCUCUUGAAGAGCACCAGUCUGCUCUGGAACUCAUCAUGAGCAAGUACAGAGAACAGAUGUUCAGGUUGCUUAUGGCAAGCAAAAAGGAUGAUCCAAGUAUAAUAAUGACGUUAAAAGAGCAACAUUCCAAGGAGCUGCAAGUGCAUGUGGACCAAAUUACAGAGAUGGCAGCAGUAAUGAGGAAAGCCAUUGAGGUGGAUGAAAGACACGGCUGCAAGGAGCAGGAGCGCAUCACUCAGCUCGAGCAAGAAAACAAAGGCUUGAGAGAAAUUCUUCAAAUCACUAGAGAAUCGUUUCUGAACCUCAAGAAAGAGGAUGUAUCAGAGAGCACGUCCCUGUCAGGAUUAGUGACAAGCAGUGAUCUGAGCCUGAGGAAAAGCUAAGGACUCUGGGAAUCAGCAAGCUUCAGUUGCACACUUAAACCAAUGGAGCAUCAGGGGGCACUGGUCAAGCACUUGUUACUGAAUAGGGCACCAGCAAGAGAAGGCAUCCAACUCCAGCUCAGUGGCUUUUAUACUGUGUAACGUAAAUUCAGCUGGUACUCUGCAAUACCCUCAGUGACCGAUUGAUUGCCAUAGAUCUAACCUCAGCAGGAAAUGGAUUAAUAUUAAUGCACUUGCUGAAUUGCAAAUUCUUUUUAUAUGAACUCAUUUUACAGAUAAAAGGUGAGAUUUCAAGUAAUUUAUAUAAAUUAUUGCUCAUGCAGAGUUCAGUGCAACUCUUAGAUAAUAAAGGUAAGAUUUCAAGUCUGAUCUCUGCCUUAGAAAGUAGUUACUUAUGAAUAUGGUUUUGUGCAUGAUCCACAUAGCAUUUCUUCUUUUGUUUUGGUUUUAAUACUCGUUUUGCAAAAAACCUCUUUCAUGGGAGGGUUGCACAGGCAGCAUAUAAAGUUUAAGGAGUUCUGUAAUUUAGCCUUGGGCUAUCACUUUCAAAUACAAGGCAAAUUUUUAAACAUAAGGAAUGCUGUCAAUCAAUAGUUUGGAGUUUUUAAAUGAAACGAGAUUCUUUCAAAUAUGUGCACUGAAUUGUAUUGUGAGAACAUAGAAAGAGCUGUUCCCACUUUGUUGUUCUCAGGAACACAGGUAGCAAUACAAUUCUGCCUCAGCUUUUACCUCCAGGAGAGGAAAUUCAGUUCAGUUCUCUGACAGUAAGAAGCCAUAUGAGUCUCAUGUCUUUCUUCUCCAGUUGCCUGCCCAAACUUCCUGAGUGAGGAACAGCAACUGGAAAGCAUAAAAGCAGUGGCAGCAGAAAGGGAGGGUGGAAGGAAGGAAGGAAGCAGCUUCAUGGCAGAGUUGGCAGCCUGCAAUUAAUACUCUUAAUUUUCCUCUCUCCAGUACUAACUAGUCAUCAAGAAGGUUUUAAAGUGAGUUAAGCAGAGUGAAAGCUGUCAGCUGUACAGAAAACUGUGGAACUACAGAUGUCACCCACAGUUUCACAUUCUGGCUGUUCAAUAACCCACCGAGCAACAUGAGCUGAGCUAUCCUGAAAUCAGCCACCACUUAGUCAAGUUUGAUUUUCAGUGACAACAACACAGAAGGAAAAAGCAUCCAACACCUCCAAGCUUGCCAGCUUCAAUACAGCUUCCUGUGCCCCAGCACAGCUUCCUUGAGCUCAAGGUAAAUGUUCCACAAGCCUAAGGGAGAGCUUUCAGUGGCACUGAACUCCCUUAGGAGCAGCUCAUUACGUUUGUUCUGUUCUCUCUGUUACUGCUCCUUCCCGUGGUGCUUUUAAGAGGAAAUAAGUGAGAAAGGAGCAUUAGGAGGCAGUAAAUGCUUGUUUCCAGUGAACUAAUACACAUGAUGAAAGGACAGGUAAAUCAGGUUUCCAUGUUCUCACAGCCUACUUUAGAAAUGGAGAAGCUGCUGCUUCUCUGCAGAGCACUUUGGCUUCUUGCUAGGCUUAAGAACACACUGAGGACAUUCACACACGCGUGGAAAAAAAAAAGUUAUGGCCAUUUCCAGACUUGUGAAACAGCUGAGGAAAUUCUGGGCAACAUUUUAGCUCAAGAACAGAAUAUUCUUGUCGGCUUUUAUAUUAUCUGUAAAGCUUCACUAGUGCUUCUCUAAUUUAGAGUUUUCAUGUUUGCUGUGGCUUGCAAGCUGCUGACUUACC